CUCUUCCUGCUACAAUACAAUAUCCCUUUUUAUAUCAAAUCUCAAGCAAUGAACACUCUGUCGUACUCUGUUAGGAAAUACUCCUCUUUAAGGGACCCAACACCCACCCCUCGGGGAUUCUCUGACGCGUCUUCAGCCACACCCUGGACCCACUUCCCUUACAGGUCAGACAUCCAGGUCCACCUCAUUCCAACCCUGAAGGCAAACCGGAAAAAAAAGGGCGAAAGAACCGAUUUCCCCAAGAUUACCAUAAAAAUUAUGUGGAAAAGCACUGUUUUGGUAAGGGUACCCGCGAUACUCAGGAGGCUGGGAGAGACUAACACCAUAGGAAAAUAUCGAUGUAUAUGAUACGUGCAUGCGUUUUACAGAGUUUAUUGACAGAACCCAGCAGUUUCCCAUCCAGAUAAUCGCCAAGUUUCCCAAUUUGGGGUUCAAAUACCUCUUUGCUGAUAAAACCCUGAAGGUGACCAGAAGGUUUCAGCUUAGCUUGACGAGCCAGGAUACCUACUUCAAUAUUCUCGAAGAGCUUAGAAGACUCGGGAUACCCUUCAAGGAUGUUCCGCUUGAGCCUCAACACGAAUAUCCUUCCCAGCACGAGUAUCCCUCUCUGCAAUAUUAUCCGCACGGGCCAUACAUGACGCAAACUUUUCCGAGUCAGAAUGCGUUCCCAUAUAGUGGAAUGGUACCCAGCCAACUCUAUCAAGCCUCGCAGUCAGAUGGGGGUUUUGGUCAAGCCCACCCGAGAACCUUCAAUGAGUACCCCACACAGCCAUCGCAGAAUUUCAGCUACCAUCACUACCCAAACCUUGAGCUACUACCCUUCCCCAAACCAAACCACGUACCGUAUUCAAAGUCAAGUGGGCGUCGGUACAGCCAUGAGGAUUUAUCUCAAAGAGCACGAACCACGGAAUAUAGCCAAGCCUAUUCUGGUGAAUCUUUACAGACGACACGCGAUCGGUUUCCAAAUCUACAUAGACAUGAGAGAGAGGCAAAUGAGGGUUAUUGUAGCAAGACUGUUAAAGGAGAAGUGUCCGUAACACCGGCACCUAACCCCACUGCGGGUGGUAAGGGCAGUGUUUCAAGUGCCUCUAAAGUGGGAACCCUCCUUGGUGAUAUCCACGAAAUGGACGAAGAUGCGCUAAAACAAACCAUUGUGGCUGAUCUCCAAGAUGAAAAGUUUCUUGCUUUGUUAAGAGUGGUGGAGAGGGUGCUCUCUGCCGCCUCGGCCAGCUAGAGCUAUGUGAGCCUGCAUGUGUGCAGGUUAAAUGUACCGCUGGUUUAAACCUGUGCAGCACAUUCCGGCAUCAUGGUGUAAAUAUAUGAGAAAUAUAUAGAUAAAC